CUCGAAAAAAAAGUGCUCUGAUUUAUAAAUAAUAAAAAAGAGAUCCUCUGAGGAGGGCAGUUUUUUGUGAUGGCAACUUCACUUCUGGGGGAAGAACCGAGGCUAGGAUCAACUCCUCUGGCAAUGUUGGCUGCUACAUGCAAUAAAAUCGGCAGCCCGAGCCCGUCUCCCUCUCUGUCGGACAACACGUCUUUUGGGAAAGGAUUCCAUCCUUGGAAAAGAUCCGUUUCCAGUUGCAACAGCGGCUCUAGCCUUUCCGGCUUUGGGGUCUCCAGCUCCAGGAACGGGGCAGGUCUGUCAGACUCAUUCAGCGUCAACUGUUCAUCAGGCAGCAGCGCUUUCUCCCUCACCUCCAACACCUCUUCCACAUCGCCCUUUGGCAACGAGUACUCGGUCUUUCAGUCCCCCGUCUCCAGCAGCUCCCAGGACGCUGCCCAGCCCGUCUUCAUCUCCAAAGUUCAUACCACAGUGGACACGCUGCAAAACAGCUUGCAGGGUAUCUACCCCCGAGUUGGCAUGGCACAUCCGUACGAGUCCUGGUUCAAACCGUCCCAUCCCGGGAUAGCAGGGGACGUGGGGAGCAGCGCAUCGACUUGGUGGGAUGUCCACCCGGGGACAGCGGGUUGGAUUGACGUGCAGAACCCCAACGGGGCCCUGCCCUCGUCCUUGCACUCGAGCGGGCUGCAGUCAUCCCUGCACUCGCCCCUGGGCGGCUACAACUCGGACUAUUCAGGUCUCAGCCAUUCAGCCUUCAGCACAGCCGGCAUCAACGGGGCAUCUUCUCACCUCCUGAGCAGCAGCCAGCACCUCAUCGCCCAGGAUGGCUUCAAGCCCGUUUUACCCCCUUCUUACCAGGACUCAGCUCCCUCCCCGCUGGCUGCCAACUCCAUGCUGGGCAGCCCGGCUGCCCUGGGCGGAUCUCCCCGUUCCUCGGCCAGGCGUUACUCGGGACGGGCGACCUGCGACUGCCCCAACUGCCAGGAGGCUGAGCGCCUGGGGCCAGCCGGGGCCAGCCUGCGGAGGAAGGGGCUGCACAGCUGCCACAUCCCCGGCUGCGGCAAGGUUUACGGCAAGACCUCGCACCUGAAAGCCCACCUGCGCUGGCACACGGGCGAGAGACCAUUCGUCUGCAACUGGCUCUUCUGCGGCAAGCGCUUCACCCGCUCGGACGAGCUGCAGCGCCACCUCCGCACCCACACCGGCGAGAAGAGGUUCGCCUGCCCCGUCUGCAACAAGCGCUUCAUGCGGAGCGACCACCUCAGCAAGCACGUCAAGACCCACCAGGCCACCGGGCUAGGGGGCGGCGGAGUGGGUGGUGGCGGAGUGGGCGGCGGUGCCGGGGCCGGCGGCAGCAAGAAAGGCAGCGACACCGACAGCGAGCCCAGCGCCCCCGGCUCUCCACGCUGCCAUUCCCCGGACCUGCUGCAGGCAGCAGCCCAAGGAGGCUCGGCAGCCGCCCUCAACGGCCACAACAGCAGCCUCGAGUGAAGACGCAGCAACAACAACAGAAAGUGGGGUUAAAACUUUAAGAGAUUUACGUGUAAGUAAAACAACAAAAAGAGAGGGAGCUUUAAAAAAAAAAUCAACAAAAACGCACCCAAAAUCUGCUUUGCUAGCAUAGACUAGGUAGCUGAGGACAAAAAAAAAUCAAAUUUACUUAAAUUCCACCAGGUCCCACAGCUGAAAUUGCCUGCCUAUUCCUUCAGGUAAAAAUACCUUUUCGUUCAGUAAAUAUUUACCCCGCCUGAUACUGUGAGCCAGCCUCCUUACCCGUGGCAAUCGAGUUUAGAGAAAUCUUUGCAUCAGCUCAAAACCAUUUUAAUUUUUCUUUGGAACCCAAAGUCUUCUCCUGCGGUUGGAUUACAAAACAUUUUGAGUUCACACACACACGCACACAAUGCAGUGUCUGCUUUCACCUCUGCAAUGCCGGUAAUUCGUUUGGUUACUUUAAAAAAAUAAAAUAAAAUCUCUGCAAAUCUACGCUCUUUGCUUCUGCAGAUGCAAAGAUUUCUCUAAUCUUACCUGUUUUCCAAAUGCCGUUUCCCCCCGAUGAAACGCACAGUAGGAACACGUUCACAGGGCGAGAAGUAUUCGGUUUCUCUUUUUUCUGUCCUUAACUACCUGAAGAAGUUGCAUCACUUGUAGCUACAAGUGCAAAUUCUGCUUGUGCAGGAGACGAUUUGUAUGUAUAGUAUUUUUCGCCUGUAAAUUCUUCGACCAGUAUUUCAACAUGUAUAUUAAAGUACUUAUUCUUUUCGUUUGUCAAAAAAAUAAAGUGACGAAUUGAUUUUAAACACGCUCGACGGCGCUGUGUAGUGAGAAUGAAAAGGAUACCAACUUUGUAAAAUAUCUGCAAGGCUUUGUAAAACUGGGGUCAUGAUUAAGAAUAGUUAAUUAUUAAAUAAUUACUCCACCGGUAUGUAGGUGUGAGACGUCAUUUG